CGGAAGCGUUUCAGUGUUACACCGGCAUUUAAACAGCUAAGUGUUGGAUUUUAAAUCUACAUUUAAUAUAAUAUAAUUUAAUAAUAAUAUAAUCAGAAAACCUAAAUAUUAACUAGGCGAAUGGAGAGAUGAUAUUACAUUUAUCUAGGCUCUAUGUUUUUUUUUGUAUUUAAGUUUACUGGACUUAUUGCUAUGGUAGCUAUGCUAACUGUUUAGUUACGAGGAUUACCCAGUAGACCGGCUGGUUAGGAUUAUUCCACAGCAAACUAGAUUAAUUAAUUUAUUCUUAUUUUUCAUAUCAUCCCUUUUUGUGUAAUCGGAUUCAUAUUGUUUGACCAGCUCUGCGUGUUAGUAUCUGUCCCAGGAUUACUCCAGUCUGGUUAGUGAACGAUUGACUCACGUUACAAGUCUUUUUUUUUUCUUCACAAUAAAAAUCUGCCAUGUUUAGCUCAGCUGGCAGUGUUUAGGGAGGAAAGGAGACAUAUUGUUCCACCAUGUCUGACUUUUGUGAAACAUCGAAGACCAGCAAUGACUGCAGAACAAAUGGAUGUGUAGAACAGGAGAACUCGGACAGUGCUGAACAUCCAUCUCCAUCACCUUCCCUAAUCCUGUCAGUGAGCAAAAAGAAAAUAGUCCUUCAUAUCGAUCUGAACAACACCAUCCUGGUAUCCGAUGCUGUUACAAAACAAGGGACGGUUGCUGCUCUGGAGUAUUUUUUAUCCACUGUGACUUGGGGACGGAUGGCAAAAGGAAAAUGGGUAUGGAUGUGUGAAUCUCCAUCUCUCCUCCCACCGUGUGAGGGUGCCGUGAGUUACUACUCUCAGUUUGGUAGAGUAGUUGGUUUUACCACAGCCGGGCCAGGCAGGCGUUUCCGGAAAGUUUUUGAGGAACAUCUUGAGCUGCUGCGCUGGCCGUCUGACCUCCCUGCACACAAGGAGCUCUCUGUAAAAGGUGAAGAUGGAAAGCUGUACCACUGGAUCCUGCCCUCUUUCUUCCAGCUGCUGCAGGAUCUGACAUCACAAGGGAUAGAUUUUUCCAUCAUUUUCCGCACGUUUGGCACAGACCUUCCCUGUCUGUUGACCGUCGUUCAGCGAGCUCUUGAGCAGGGCACCCACCCACUCUUCCCUUCACUUCCAGACCUGAAGAUAAGCGUGGACACAACACCAGGUCAGAUCAGGUGUAACACGAAGGGUGUGGUUCUGGUUCAUGGAGAGGAACGGCUAUCCACACAGGACGGAGAAAGGAGUCUGUACCGAUAUUUAAGCUCCUCGCAGGGUGUGUGUGGCUUCCAGGAUCACUUCAAUUGGUGGGCACGAAACUCAUAUGCUAUUAUGGGAGGAAAGCCUCUGUGGAUUGACCCAUUUGACUCCACAAUCCAACACAUAUUUAUUGAUGACAAUAUCCGCCAAAACAAUGAUGACACUAUUGUGCAUCCUAAAGUAUUUCUGGAUCCUGAGGGAUCGGAGACUCGCACUGCCUCCACUUCAGAGCUGUAUGAACUGUGUCUCAUUCAAACCGACCUCCUCAGGGCCAUUUCUGAGCCCAGCUACUUUACUCAGCGCAUUCGCCUGUGCAUGGAGAACUAUGAGAGGAACCUUGGGCAGCAAUUCAGCUAGAUUUCUAACACCUACUUCCAAGAGAAUGCUUAUGAGGAUCACUUGAAUGUUCUGCACUUAAUGAAACAAUUUGUUUAUGAUUACAGAAGAAUAAUCUUGAUUCAUGCAUUUUGGGCAUGUUUCAUUAAUGAAAAUCUCUGUAGGAUGCUACAGUAUUGGCUAAAGGUGUGCUCAUAUUUUCAAACGACCACUCAGAAGUAUUAGCAACUCUUUAAAGGGGCGCUGUAUCGUUUUUAAAAGGGUUUGUAGAUUUGUAACAAUCAUAUGAUAUCAAACACAGCUUUGACAAUCUGCAAUAUUGCUCUGAAAGGGAUCUAGGUUUCAGUCUUCUGUUCACAUAUUUAUGGCUGAAAAAUAGGAUUCGUACCCAGGUGGGAUGCACCAUUUUUUUUUCGACAAACACGGAAGGGGAAAAACCGACAUGCAGCAAUUAGAUUUAUAUCGAAGGGCACAAUGUAGAGACAAAAUUCUGACAAUAGUGGCAAAUUGGUGUACGCUCUUUGAUUUGAGAUUUACCUACCUGCAUACGAUUAUGAUGUGGUAAAGUGCAACUUUCAAGUAAAUUCCUAUGGCAUCUUAUCCAAUAUUCCUCAGAAGCCGCUGACUCUUACUUUAGUCCCGAGCUGUUUGGUUCUGAUUCAGUUGCAUUUGGCACAAAAUGUGGAAGUAAACAGCAGUUUUAAUAUUUUCUUGGUUUUAAAUGAACACUAAAAUGCACUGGAAACAGUAACACAGUAAUGUGUUUAGAUUAUUUAGUAGACUGUAAACAUUUAAACUAUUACAUCUCAUAUAUCACAGUAAAAUGUUAGACAGAUGAGGUUUUUUUACUGCUGUGAAAGAAAAAAUCUAGACAUCAUAGUAGCUACUUGUUGCUUCAAAUACCAAAAUAAAUAAUGCACAAUAUAGUAUCAAAAAGAUACGUAAUGUGACCGCAUUACUCUACUAGUACUGAAAUGAUUCAGAAGUUGUUUAGUUGUAUGCAGUUAAUGCAGCAUUUGUUGUUUGAAGAAGUUGAGGUGUUUCCUGACAUCAGAUUACUCAGGGAUUGUGAUGUUACUGGAUAUUUUUAUAGGAUUAGUACUUUAUAUUUUCACUUGAUCAUUGCCAUUAUUACUUGAAUUUUUGCCUUGUUUGACUUUGAAACCAUACUGUUUACUAACAUGUUGUUUUUAACAUAUACAUACUCUUAAAAUGAUUUUUUUUUUACCCAUUUGAAAAAUGAAUAAUAAGAGGUAAAAUAAUGUCAAUGAAGUGUACAUUACUUAUGCUGAAAGUUGACAUUGCAUCAAAAUAACAUAUUUAUUUAUUUGUAAUAUUAUAUUGGCUAAUAUAUUAUUUUGUUAAUGUAAUUUAUAACUGCUGUUUAGUGUUAAUUUUUUUUCAGUUUCAAUGGUUGUUUUUGAUGGGUUGGUUGCUUUUUCUGCAUUAUAAAAAUAAACUGAAUAACUAGAUUUUGGAGUUAUAAAAGGAUAUAACAUUCUUAUAUUUCAAAGACCUUUAUUUCUGGAUGCAGUGGCGAUCCCAAGCCCUGAUAAAAAAUGGGCGGGUUGCGUCAGGAAAAGCAUCCGGCAUAACAAAACCUGUGCCAAGUUGUUGUGCGGAUUGCGACCCCAUAAUGCGACCCCAUAACAAAAGCAGCUGAAAGACUAACAUUUCUUAUGCAGUUAUGGACUACAUUUUAUUAAAAGAAUUUUAAAUAUCAGAAGUAUCUUUAUUGGAUGUAAUGCUAACAGUAAAGAAGCGUCAUGGUGAUGAUUUUAUUUGUACAUAGUAAUAGUUAAGAGGUGCUAGUUCUUCCAAAGCCAUCCAAAAAAUACACAUAUUGUACAGUAAUUAGAAAGAAAAUGAAUAUGGAUGUGUAACCAAGUUAUGAUAUAUUGUAAGUAGCAAACCUAACGUUGUCAUUUGGCUGUCUGUUGUUAUCAUAGAGUGAGACAAAGCAUUUCCUACUCUAAUAUGCACAUUUUUAUACAGUAUAUACUGUAGUUCUACACCAAAUAGUAUUUCCUACUGUUUUCUCUCACUAAUUUUCAAUAAGGGCUUCAUCAUGCUUGUGGGUGUAUGGAUGGUUGCAGUAUCCAGAAACUACUCCUGAACCCUGGAUGGGAUACCAGUCAGCUGUUUUUGCCAUGAUGGUUAGCACAAUGGCCUUGCACCUCCAGGGUUGAGGGAUCGAUUCCUGCCUUGGGUCUGUGGGUGUAUGUGUGUGUGAAGUUUCUUGCAACGAUUCUUUAUAAUAUGGCUUAAACGUUUCCUUAAGCCCUGUGAUGUCCUAUAGUGGAGUUUUUCCUUGCCACUGUCCCCGUCGUCCUCGACUUGCUCAUCAGUUUUGU